GCCGUCCCUCUCCCCUCCCCUCUCGGCUCCCUCCGCCCUCCCCGGGCCCCGGCGGCGGCGGAGUGAACGGGACCGGCCCGGCCUCGAAGCGCGGGGCGGCGGGUGGGGAGCUGGCGCCUCAGGAGUAGUUCCGGCAGCGCCUGCGGAGACGUGAGGAGGAAAGUAAGAGAAUCACAUUGCUGAAAAUUUGGGAAACCCAGAAAAGAAGAAACCCACCCACCAUCAUUUGGUGGAUGUGGAAAGAGAAGUUUGCAGAACUGAAAUGGAGGUCAGAGCUUCAUUACAGAAGGUUAGUGGGUCAUCUGAUUCUGUGGGUACACUGAACAGCGAAGAAUUUGUUUUGGUUCCUCAGCAUGCAGAUGAUACUUCUACAAAAGAUGAAGAAAAACCUCAACUGAAGAUAGUUUCCAAUGGUGAUGAACAACUGGAAAAAGCCAUGGAAGAGAUUUUGAGAGAUUCCGAGAAAGGGCAAAGCAGUCUUCUUUUUGACUGUCAUAGUUCCAGUGAGAUUUCAGAGAAUUCAUUUGGAGAUGUUACAGCCAGCCAAACAAAUAAGCCAUCUCUUCAGUUAAUUUUGGAUCCAUCUAAUACAGAAAUUUCUACACCGAGACCAUCUUCUCCAAGUGGACUACCUGAGGAAGAUAGUGUUUUAUUUAACAAACUGACCUACUUAGGAUGUAUGAAGGUUUCUUCUCCACGUAAUGAAGUGGAGGCCUUACGGGCAAUGGCAACCAUGAAAUCUUCCAGUCAGUACCCAUUUCCUGUUACUUUGUAUGUGCCAAAUGUUCCAGAAGGUUCUGUGAGAAUCAUAGACCAAUCCAGCAAUGUGGAGAUAGCAUCUUUUCCAAUCUAUAAGGUGUUAUUCUGUGCACGUGGACAUGAUGGGACAACAGAGAGCAAUUGCUUUGCAUUUACAGAGAGUUCCCAUGGUUCAGAAGAAUUUCAGAUACAUGUUUUCUCCUGUGAAAUUAAAGAGGCAGUAAGCAGAAUUUUAUAUAGUUUCUGUACAGCAUUCAAACGUUCUUCCAGACAAGUAUCUGAUGUUAAAGACUCUAUUAUUCCUACUCCCGACAGUGAUGUGUUUACCUUCAGUGUCUCCUUGGAGGUAAAAGAAGAUGAUGGAAAAGGAAAUUUUAGUCCUGUGCCUAAGGAUAGAGAUAAAUUUUAUUUCAAAUUAAAGCAAGGAAUAGAGAAAAAGAUUGUGAUUACAGUGCAGCAACUUUCUAACAAAGAAUUAGCCAUUGAAAGAUGUUUUGGAAUGUUAUUAAGCCCAGGUCGAAACGUGAAGAACAGUGACAUGCAUUUACUGGAUAUGGAAUCCAUGGGCAAGAGCUAUGAUGGGAGAGCUUAUGUUAUCACUGGCAUGUGGAACCCCAAUGCACCGAUAUUUCUGGCACUUAAUGAGGAAACCCCAAAAGAUAAGCGAGUAUACAUGACUGUGGCAGUGGAUAUGGUAGUCACGGAGGUGGUGGAGCCUGUCCGCUUUCUCCUGGAGACAGUAGUUCGUGUGUACCCUGCAAAUGAGCGAUUCUGGUACUUCAGCAGGAAGACUUUCACAGAGACUUUCUUCAUGAGGUUGAAACAGUCUGAGGGAAAGGACCAUACCAGUGGUGGAGAUGCAAUAUAUGAGGUGGUGAGUCUGCAGCGAGAGUCAGACAAGGAGGAACCAGUCACUCCUACUGGUGGAGGGGGUCCAAUGUCACCCCAGGAGGAUGAAGCAGAAGAAGAGAGUGAUAAUGAACUCUCAAGUGGAACAGGUGAUGUUUCUAAGGAUUGUCCUGAGAAGAUCCUAUAUUCUUGGGGAGAAUUGCUAGGAAGAUGGCACAAUAACCUUGGUGCACGACCAAAAGGGCUAUCCACGCUGGUGAAGAAUGGCGUCCCUGAAGCAUUGAGGGCAGAGGUAUGGCAGUUAUUAGCAGGCUGCCAUGACAACCAGGCAAUGCUGGAUAGAUACCGAAUUCUUAUCACAAAGGACUCAGCCCAGGAGAGUGUUAUUACUCGAGAUAUUCAUCGUACGUUUCCUGCACAUGAUUACUUUAAAGAUACUGGAGGAGAUGGUCAGGACUCACUGUAUAAGAUCUGCAAGGCCUACUCUGUGUAUGAUGAAGACAUUGGGUACUGUCAAGGGCAGUCUUUCCUUGCUGCUGUAUUGCUGCUGCAUAUGCCAGAGGAACAAGCAUUCUGUGUUUUGGUGAAAAUCAUGUAUGACUAUGGUUUGCGAGACCUCUACAAAAACAACUUUGAAGAUCUUCAUUGCAAAUUCUAUCAGUUGGAGAGACUAAUGCAGGAGCAGCUACCAGAACUGCACAGCCAUUUCUGUGAUCUGAACCUAGAGGCUCAUAUGUAUGCAUCCCAGUGGUUUCUCACUCUUUUUACUGCCAAGUUCCCACUCUGCAUGGUGUUCCACAUCAUUGACUUACUGCUUUGUGAGGGUUUGAACAUAAUCUUUCAUGUAGCCUUGGCUCUCCUAAAGACCUCAAAGGAAGAUCUUCUGCAGGCUGAUUUUGAAGGUGCUUUAAAGUUCUUCAGAGUUCAGCUUCCAAAGAGAUACAGGGCAGAGGAAAAUGCAAGAAGACUGAUGGAGCAGGCUUGCAAUAUUAAAGUACCAACCAAGAAGCUGAAGAAAUAUGAGAAAGAAUAUCAGACAAUGCGAGAGAGUCAGCUACAGCAGGAAGACCCAAUGGAUAGAUACAAGAGGGAGAACCGAAGAUUACAGGAGGCCAGCAUGAGGCUGGAACAAGAGAACGAUGACCUCGCCCAUGAACUAGUAACCAGCAAAAUUGCUCUACGGAAUGACCUGGAUCAGGCAGAAGACAAGGCAGACGUGCUGAAUAAGGAGCUCCUUUUGACCAAGCAGAGGCUGGUGGAGACUGAAGAAGAGAAGAGGAAGCAAGAGGAGGAGACUGCCCAGCUAAAAGAAGUCUUCAGAAAACAGCUCGAGAAGGCAGAAUAUGAAAUCAAGAAGACUACGGCCAUCAUUGCUGAGUAUAAACAGAUCUGUUCCCAGCUAAGUACCAGGCUGGAGAAGCAGCAAGCCGCCAGCAAGGAGGAGCUGGAAGCCGUAAAGGGUAAAAUGAUGGCAUGCAAACACUGCAGUGACAUUUUCAGCAAGGAGGGCACUGUGAAACUAGCAGCCAUAAGCAGAGAGGACCAGGGAAUUGAAACGGACGAUGAGAAGGACUCGCUUAAGAAGCAGCUGAGGGAGAUGGAGCUGGAACUGGCACAAACCAAACUGCAGCUGGUGGAAGCCAAGUGUAAAAUCCAGGAACUUGAACAUCAGAGAGGAGCUCUUAUGAAUGAAAUCCAAGCUGCAAAAAACUCUUGGUUUAGCAAAACCCUGAACUCUAUUAAAACAGCCACAGGCACCCAGCCCCUCCAGCCACCACAGGCCACCCAGCCACCCAAGGAGAGCACAUAGCUCCAGCCUCACCUGAGCACCAAGAGCACAAUGAUCAAAGCAGCGGAAACCUAGGAGGAUUCUUCUUGGUGUCCCUUUGAAGGAAAGUCAAGGAGGCCAGAAAGCAAGCCAGAAUCUUCAGUAGCUCUCACUGUUUCUUGUAUGACAUUUUUCAAAGGGAUGUUGUUUAAACUGGCCAGCUUUAUGUUGAAUACCUAUUUUCCAGCUUCUUCAUGGAAGGCCAUGUUCAGAUCCAUCAUAGUAUUAUUAAAUGCCUGAUGUUUCGUUGGAAAUAAGUAAUUCAAAACUAAAUGCUUUUUAUUUAGAACUAAUUAUUCAUAAUUAUUUUUAUCGUACAUAAAAAUGGAGACAUCUCUUAUUCCAAGAUUGAAGUGAUGGGAAUAUCUUUGUCACACACACACACACACACACAAAAAUUGAAACCUAAACCUCUUAAUUUUUCAGGAUUUAUUUAGAUAAAGCACACUGUGGGGCCAGUCAUGACCACUGUCGGGUUUCCACCUGAAAGUGAUUCCCAAGGUAGCUAUAAUCCUGUCUGAAGAACAGACCAGGGAUUGAACAGUACCUAAAGAUACCUGGUUUAUUUUCCUUUUCUGUUGGGUACAUCUGGGAAUAAAGUACCAAGAACUGUGUAGCAGAUGGGCUAUUAAGAAUAUACACUAAGUGGAACUGAGGUUUUGAUAAAUGCAGGAUAAAAUCAUUUGGGCUCUGAUAUUCUAACAGAUCCUUUUAAGAACUCCAUCUGGGACUUGCAUGUUCCUAAGUAUGCCUAAAUAUGAACACAGAUGUGACUUCUGGCAAGUGUAAAGUUAGAGGUGGAUAUUGCAACCUGCAGACUUAGGGGACCUUCACCAGAGAAGCCUAGAAAGGUCUACCUUCAGCCGUUGUGCUCAGCGUGGAGUACAGAACCAGAGACAGAGUAUUUCCUUUAAUGUUGACAUGUACUUGCCAAGGAAACACUAAUAUGCUGUAACUUUGUUAAAGGCCAUGCUAUUGAAAUGGGAAAUAGAAGUCAGCUUCACAUAAUCUUAGUUUAAUGUUGGGCAACUUUUCUUGAUUUCUGUAGCUCCCUAAAGAUGUGGCAUUGGUACCUGUAGAUAAAGAGAUACAAAUGCAUUUGUAACAUUUUGAUUGAAUAUAAAACCUUUAUAGAAAUACUUGUCUCACAGAAAGGUAAAAAGCUACUGUUUAAAAAUUGGUGGAAAUAUAUUUCAAUUACAUUUAACAUGCUUAGAUCAAUAGUUCUUGCAGGAAAUUCUUCGGUAAGAGCAAAAGCAAUUUUCCUAUUUCCUAAGCUAUUUUGGAGGCCUCUGAUCUUUUCACAUCAACCAAACUAUGGUCAGGUAUGUACAAUUACAUUUAUUGAUAUUCAUCCUUGGCUUCAUUGUUGAACAUAUUGUUUGCAAAGGAUCUUAAACUCUGUGGUGCCAGAGUGAAUCUCAUUUGUGCCAUACAUUGCAAUUAAAAGUAACGCACUCUUAGAAGUAAGAAUCCCACGAGAGCCUUCACAGCCCCAGGAGGGUGCACCAACUUGCUCAUGGUGGAUCCUUUCCUCUAAAUAAUCUUUAAGUUCUAAAAAGUGAAACCCCCUUCAUCUCCAUGUGUUUAGAUAUCUACAACCCAUAAAACUUACGCGGUUGGUAGCUGUUACACUCAUGAAAUAAUACUUUUCUUGCGGAAAUCUUUUUCUUUUGUUCUGACGGCUUUCAUCAUAACAUUUAUUUUCUUUUUACCAAAGGAAAAAUAACCCAGAAUUCCAAGUGUCUAGGUUGACUUUAACAUUCUCCACAUGAUGGUUGUGAUAAGCUAUUUUUGUUUUUGUAAAAUAUAAUGGCUAGAAAAUUUUAUCUUGGCACUUGUUUCUAUAAAUCAUUUAGUAUAGUCUGUUAGCUUUACCGGUACUUGAUGCUUUGAUUCUAAGAAGCUCUGUACAAGUUGCCUUAUCAAAUGGCCAAGCUAAAUUAAAGAUGCUCUUUUGUG